CAAGGAUCUGUCCUCAACAGACAACACCAUGGCCCAUCCACCACGCAAGAUCCUGUUGGUCGUAACAACCGGGGGCUUUACCCAUGCCGUAAUCAGUGACGCAGCCCCGGUGCUUGAAAUCGGCAAAGUCCUGGCGGGGCGAGGCCACACGGUUGACUUUGCAACUCUGAACGGCCAGGAACACUGGAUAAAUGACUAUCCUUUCAUCUCGCAAGUCCAUCUGCUUGGGGACGGCCCCACCGAGAAACAGUAUGAUGAGCACUACCUUCGCAUGCGUACAUGGGACAUGUCCGUCGGACUGGCUGGAGCGAUGCCCUCGAAGUACAUGUUUGACUCGUUCUGGCCAGUAACCUACCGUGGCCUCAAAGCCAUCAUGGAGAACCCAACACGUCGUCCGGAUUUCAUCGUGGCUGAUUUCUUCGUCGACGCGGUCAAAGACAUGAAAAUUCAAUAUGGGGUGCAAAUUGCUAUUGUCAUGCCAACCAUGCCCGUGCUGAUGCUUCCAUGCAGCUACAUCCCGGGUCAGCCAGGGUUCCAGCUUGAUAUGACGCUCACCUCGGAGCAUGCAUCGAUGUGGCUCAGAAUCAAGAAUGAAUUAGUCGUGGUGAAGGGCUUACCGGAGAUCAUCCGGCUCUCCCGCUGGACGAAAAGAAUGCGUCGCGAGAAUGGAGUGAACUAUGAUCUUCCCUCGCAGAAGAAGCCCGAUUAUAUUGUGCUCGUGAACUCGUUCUUUGGAUUGGAGAUUCCCAGGGAUCUGCCCCCCCUUGCGGCAGCUGUUGGACCCAUUCUCGGUGAUGAGUACCCGUCUCUGGACGCAGACUGCGAGCAGUUUUUGUCAACACAUAAGAGGGUGAUGUAUAUCGCUCUCGGAACGCAUAUCAUUCUUUCUAAUGCAGAUGCCGCGAAGAUUAUGAUUGCUCUAUUUCGUGUGCUCGAAGCAGGUCUUCUUGAUGGUGUGAUUUGGGCAAUGGGGAAAAGCGGCCGCCAGGAUCUAGACUUGACUCAUACCUUCAACACGCUCUCAGGACCUGUCACAUUUGAUGAUAUUUUGUCCGGCCAUCAUCCGGAUUUUAUUUGCCCCUUCUUUGCGCCCCAGCGCGCCAUCCUCGACCAUGAGGCCACCCAGGUAUACUUCACGCAUGGAGGUGGAUCAAGCGCAAACGAGGGUCUCUUCCACGGUAAACGGAUGUUGACAAUGGGGAUUUUCUCCGAUCAGAUCGCGAAUACUGCGCGCCUGGUGCACGGGGGCGUCGCGGAACCGUUGAAUAAGUUCAAUUUCUCGUCGGAGGAAAUAUAUGAAAAAGCAAAGCGGGUCUUGGAGGAUAAAGAAGGAACAUAUGCACGGAGCUCACUGAGAUUACAGCGCGUUGCGCGGGUAGCAGCACGAAGAAAAUAUUAUGCUGCGGAUCUGAUUGAGGAGGUGAUGUAUGACAAUGAGCUGAGGAUCAAAGAUAGCAAAGAACUCAGGCCGAUGCACUUGCAGACGGCAGACGUAAGGAUGUCCGCUUUUAAGGCCAGAAACUGGGAUUUGAUGGCUGUUGGGCUGGUGGCGUUGGUAGGGGGUUUGGGGGGUGUGGGCAUAUUGGGGAGAAUGCUGUGGAAGAAUAGGCAGCUUGCAAAGGGUUUCUGGGAGGAGAUGACUUAUAGAGCCGGCGGCUUGCUCCGAAGGUAG